AUGGUUCCGAAGGACAAGCGGUACGAGACUGGUGACGAGAUUUCGGGCUUGAAGAUCUGGCAGGUCGAGGCAGGAGACACCCCUGCGACUCGCAAGAUCAGGGUGACGCUGGGCGAGCUGCCCAGCUCCUUCGAGGCGGGCCAGAAGGUCAAGGGCACAGUGUCCAGCACGCAGAGCUACGGCGUUUUCUUUGACAUCGGUGGCAUGAAGGAUGCCUUGGCGCCUGCAAGAACCUUGAGCAAGCGACCGAUGGAGUAUGAAGCGGGUGAGGAAGUUGAGCUCGAGGUGAUCUCCAUCGAGGGCGACAAGAUCACUGUUGGCCUCGUGGGCAUGGAGGCAAAGGUCGCGGCGAAGGCUGCAUCCACUUCCAAGGCCAAUGUCCCCGAACCGAGACACCCUGACUCCUUUCAGACUUUCGCCGAGCUUCUUGGGCUGCUAUGCACCCCGCAACAGGCCCUCGCGCAGCUCACGGUCGGGCAGGCCAUCGAAGGCACCAUCGCCAACGUGAACGAGAAGUGUCCCAGCGUGGCACAGGAUAGCUUCGGGUACGGCAUCUUCAUCAACAUCGGCAUUGGCAUCGAUGCCCUUUGUACGUCUUCUCAGCUGGACAAACCAAUUGAGGAGUACGAGGUGGGCGACACGAUCAACGUCAAGGUGGCCAAUGUGGAUGUGGUCCAGGAGCGUGUAGAGGUCACCACCCGCCCACUCUCGCCCUGCGCUCAGUCCGAAGCAAAGCCGGGCCAGAAGGUGGAGGGUACCAUGAUCAGUGAAGCCAAGGCUGGCAUCUUCUUCGAUGCCGGCUACUCCAGGGACUUCCUUGCCCCAAUCUCCAUGCUCAGCAAGCCAAAAGAGGAGUACACGCGUGGUGAGGUUGCCGAUCUGACCGUUAUGAAUGUCGAGGGCGACCGUGUCGUCGUGUCGGACAAGCAGGAUGUGGGCCAGCCCAUUGCAAGUUUCGUUCGCGGUCAAGAAGUUACUGGCAAAGUCCUCAAAUACAACGAGGGUCUCGGUCUCUUCGUGGACGUGGGCGCUUCUCGGGACGCGCUCUGGCGAACCAAGGGCCCGGGGGCCACGGUGCUGCCCAAGGAUCCCAAGGAGUAUGCGGUGGGGGAGGAGGCUCAGCCCAGUACAUGUGACAACGGCGGUUUCGGUAUUUAUCUGCUGGCUUUGCUUGGAGAGAUCGGAGACUUCAUUUGCUUUGUGACUGGUUUGAUGAUCACCCGGCUGGACCCCUCCUCACAGACUUUGGAGGUGGCGAUGCCCGGAGCUGCACUGGUGCAGACGAGUCUGUCCAUGGAGACCAUGAAGGUUGGCGACGAGGUGUCGGGUACGGUGACCAGGACCAUUGCAUUCGGCGUUUUCGUUGACAUCGGUGCCGAGAGGGAUGCCUUGUACGUGGCAGCCCUGGCAAACGUCUCGCAGCUCGACAAGCCGCUGAGCGACUACCAGGUCGGCGACAAACUGGAAGGCGAGGGCGAUGCGGGGGAAGAUGGUGAGGUGGACGCCGAGCGCCAGCGCCUCGCUGUCUCCAUGCGACCGGUGGCCUCGCAGUACGAGGUCGGUCAGGAGGUGUCUGGCAAGGUCACAAAGAUUAUGGAGUUCGGCCUGUUCAUCGACAUUGGGGCGUCAGUGGAUGCUUUAGCGCCGACCGCACUUCUCGACAAAGAGACGAGCGAGCACCUGGCCCGCAGAGAGGUGCUUGACGAUCUGAAGGUGACCCGAGUGGACGAAUCUGGCAACAAGAUUGCGGUUGGCCAGAAGGCUGGCAGCGGCAGCUCAGAAGCCACCAGGAGCAUCGAGUCCCUCGAGGUCGGCACCAAGGUGUCUGGUGUCGUUCGCGGCAUUCGGGAGUACGGCAUCUUCGUGGAUAUCGGCCUGGGGAGAUCGGAUGCCCUCAUGCCAAAUUCUAUGUUGGGCGAUGUGACCUCCGCGGCCUUCAAGCCCAACCAGCAGAUCGAGGUCUACAUCGCGCAGGUUGAUGCCGCGCAGAACCGUGCGCUGUGGAACCCACAGAGGAGAUGCGUCAACGUCGUGGCAGGGGCGGCAGUGGAGCCGCGGCUUCGAGCAUCGACAGCAUCGGCCCAAGAGUGCUUGUGCGGAGAGUGCUCUUUCAGCUGGGAUCGUCUGGUGUCCUUAGGCUACAUCCCACAGGGAUUCAUGAUCCCGGACCCCAAGCGGCAUGUGGAGAUCAUCGGACGCGAAGAGCUGAUUGAUCCGGAGAGCUGGGAGCCGAUUCCCUGGUACGAGUGGGCUGAGAAGUUCCCUGGAUUCAUCCGGUUUCAAGAGAAGGAUCAGAUUGUCACCAUUUCCGUUCGUGCACACGGCUUCUACGGCGAGAAGGAGCUGCGUUCAGCCACCCCGGUCAGCGGCCCGAGGGGAAGCGCAGCACCAACGAGGCACUUUUUGUGGGUGGAGUCGGGACAUGGCACGAGUGGAAUGGGAUUUGCGAUCAGGCUCUUGCCAGCUUUCUGGCAGCCUGCCAUCGCCCAGGUCCACAUCCCUGUGCCUGCUCACCUGCAGAAAGCCGAUGCCAAGCAACCCACAAAGGAGGACUUGCUCAUGAAGUUGGAGGAGCGACGUGGGCAUUGUGAGAUGCCAGCUUUCGACUUCGCAGCAAUUCAGCGACAAGCAAAGCAGGUUUCGGUCCGAUGUUUCAAUGCUUUGCCCGCCAGCGGAGACCAGCCGAUGCCAAACUACGACAAUGGCAUCAAGCCCGAGAUUCACAUCAAGUACCGCCAGCCGCCUCUCAACGACCCCAACUGGCGUGUCUUGGCUGAAGUUGGCCGAAGCUCCUGCAUGCAAAGCCUCCUCAUGCAGCGCCAUCGGAAGCUACCGAAAGUAUGCGCAUGGUCGGCGCGUGUAUGGGCAAGAUUGUCUGGCGGCAACACACCUCAGAAGCAGAGAUCUACACCCCCAGACGGUUUCAGAAGAAGAAGAAGAAGAAGAAGAAGAAGAAGAAGAAGAAGAAGAAGAAGAAGAAGAAGAAGAAGAAGAAGAAGAAGAAGAAGAAGAAGAAGAAGAAGAAGAAGAAAUCUGAGAGCAAGUAGGGAUGGAGAGGAGGGAUGCCCCCAGGCUGUCCCCAAGAUGCCCCAGUAG